GAGCGCCGUGGAAGUCGCGCAGCCGGCGUCGCGCCAAUCUUCGCUGGUAGGUGCUGUCUCACCGGUGAGACCUGGAAGCCGGCGAGUCUCCCGCUUUGUCGGACCUGUAGCCCCUGGCCUCCUGCCACCAUGGAGUACCUAAUCGGUAUCCAAGGCCCCGACUAUGUCCUUGUCGCCUCCGACCGGGUGGCUGCCAGCAAUAUUGUCCAGAUGAAGGACGAUCAUGACAAGAUGUUCAAGAUGAGUGAAAAGAUAUUACUGCUGUGUGUUGGAGAAGCUGGAGACACUGUACAGUUUGCAGAAUAUAUUCAGAAAAACGUGCAACUUUAUAAGAUGCGAAAUGGAUAUGAAUUGUCUCCCACAGCAGCAGCUAACUUCACACGUCGAAACCUGGCUGACUGUCUUCGGAGUCGAACCCCAUAUCAUGUGAACCUCCUCCUGGCUGGCUAUGAUGAGCAUGAAGGGCCAGCGCUCUAUUACAUGGACUACCUUGCAGCCUUGGCCAAGGCCCCUUUUGCAGCCCAUGGCUAUGGUGCCUUCCUGACUCUCAGUAUCCUGGACCGAUACUACACACCGACUAUCUCACGUGAGAGGGCAGUGGAGCUUCUUAGGAAAUGUCUGGAGGAGCUCCAGAAACGCUUCAUCCUGAACCUGCCAACCUUCAGUGUUCGAAUCAUUGACAAAAAUGGCAUCCAUGACCUGGACAACAUUUCCUUCCCCAAACAGGGCUCCUAACGUCAUGCUCUCCCUCCCAUUUGCCAGGGAACUUUUUUUGAUGGGCUCCUUUAUUUUUUUCUACUCUUUUCAGGUGCACUCUUGAUAAAUGGUUAAUUCAGAAUAAAGAUGACUAUGGAUAUAAUUGAGCCCUCUAGUCCAGGUCUCAGUUUACCUAAUAUUACCUCAGAAAAGAUAUAGAGGCAAAAUGAUCUUUUUGCCAGGUCUGACUUUUCUUCCUGCUCCGCCCUCCGUUAACACCCAGCACUCUUUAGCAGCUGAUGGCCGCACGUUCUACUCCACUCUUGGUUCCUUUCCAACUAGCUUUUCAUACAUUUUACUUGCUAAUGUCUCCAUUCUCUCUAAAGUACUGGUUAUGUUUGCCCUUAAACUUAAAUUUUUUUAAAUUAAUCUGAAUGAAUAAUAUAUGCACUUAAUAAAACAUGCAAACAGUACAAAAACAUGUAGUGAAAAAUAUUUCUUCCAUAGCCGGGCACGGUGGCUCACGCCUGUAAUCCCAGCACUUUGGGAGGCCGAGGCGGGCAGAUCACGAGGUCAAGAGAGCAAGACCAUCCUGACCAACAUGGUAAAACCCUGUCUCUACUAAAAAUACAAAAAUUAGCUGGGUGUGGUGACGCACGCCCCUAGUCUCAGCUACUGGGGAGGCUGAGGCAGGAGAAUCGCUUGAACUCGGGAGGCAGAGAUUGUAGUAAGCCUAGAUCGUGCCACUGUACUCCAGCCUGGCAACAGAACGAGACUCCGUCUCAAAAAAAAAAAAAAAGAAAAGAAAAAUGUUUCUCCCAUCCCUAUAAUCCAAUCACCUGCUUCCGGCUUCCCUUCCGGGAGGAAACUUCAGCUACUAAUUUCUUAUGUUUUUUAAGAGAUACUCUUUUACUGUGUAAUGUAUACAUACAUACAGACACAUGCCCCCUUUAAAUUUUUUAGAUUUAUUUAUUUAUUUAGAGACAGGGUCUUACUCUAGCCCAGGCUGGAGUGCUGUGGCAUAAUCUUGGCUCACUGCAACCUCCACCUCCUGGGGCCAAGUGAUCCUCCCAUCUCAGCCUCCUGAGUAGCUGGGAUUACAGGCGUACACCACCAAUGCCCAGCUAGUUUUUGUGUUUUUCAUGGAGACGGGGUCUUACCAUGUCAUUCAGGUUGGUCUUGAACUCCUGGGCUCAAGCAGUCUGCCUGCCUUAGCUUCCCAGUGCUGGGAUUACAGGCGUGAGCCACCGUGCCUGGCUAAAAAGUAUUUUUAAUGUUCUACAUAUUGCUUAUUUCACUUAACACUAUAUUAGAAAUUGUUUUAUAUCAAUACACAUAAAUAUGCUUAUUCUUGUUGAGAAUUGCAUAAUUUUCCAUUAAAUUGAUGUAUCAUGGGCAGUUAACCAGAUACCCGUUUUUCUCUUAGCCUACCUUUAGGGAACAAUGUAGAUGUUUUGUGGUUAAAGCCACUAAAACAGUGGUUCUUAACCAGAUGUGUGUUUCAGAAUGUUCACCUCACAUUUCCAGUUGCUACUGAUGCUGCCGGUCUAGGAACCACAUGCCAAAACCAUUUGGUCUCAGACUAGGAUAAACCCUACUUUAUCCAAUUCUGUGCUCCUCUUAAUACCAUAUACAGAUAGGUUUUUGGUUUGUCUGUGAUGAAAUGUGUCAUCUAAGAUACUACCUACUGAUCCUAACGUUCAUGUUAAAAUAUUGGGUUAACAUUA